CUGUCAUAGAUGUGGUUCUUCGCCAGUUACAAUCCUUCCUGCUGAUUUCCCAUCAAGAAACAAACUGGCAGGAGAAAAGAGAGUGGAAAACUUGAGAUAAAAAAAUGGAAGAGCCUGAAUCCACUUGUGUUGAAGCAGAAACAGGAUGUCUUCUUCCAAAUCAGCCUGGGAGCAGUGGGGCCAUCCGGGAGAUAACAAUGCAAAAUGAUCUGAGCAGAGGCACGGAUUGUUCAGAUGUGCCUCGCCUGCUCUUCAGGAAGUUUUCCUACCAGGAUGGCAAAGGGUCCCGGGAUGUUUGCAGCCGACUCCACAUGCUUUGUCAUCAGUGGCUCAAACCUGAAAGGCAUACAAAGAUUCAGAUCGUGGACCUGGUGAUCCUGGAGCAGUUCCUGGCUGUCCUGCCCCCAGAGAUAGAGAGCUGGGUCCGAGAGUGUGGGGCAGAGUCCACUUCCCAGGCAGUGGCCCUGGCUGAGGGUUUCCUCCUGAGCCAGGCAGAGGAGGAGAAGAAUCAGGAAGCAGAGCAGAUGAAGACAGUGUCAGGCAAGGCAGCCAGUGGAUUUUCUGAGACAGAGGAAGCUCAAAAGAAGGAAGUGUCAUUGAAGGGUGACAGAAGAGCCACUGCCCUGG